GCGCUUUUGGCAGAAGCGGCUGAAAAGAGCUUGUGAAUGGUGCUUGGGGAAAAAAGUGCCGCGUUCGUACAGUUCCGUAUUAUUAUUGAGCACUUCUAGCAUUGUGAUAUAGGGAGGUGGAAAACAUGGGCUUUCUUCUUUUAUUCUAGUCAGUAAUUCAGAAUGGCACAAAAUGAGCCUCAUGCGAUGGUACACAAAGCAGGGAAAUCAUCUCAUUCACGAGCUACGGAGAAUAGUCCCAAAGAAGACAGCAAUAAGCAAACGGAUCCAGAACUCAUCUUCACCAAACAGGAGAAAAUUGGACAAGGUGGUUUUGGAGAAGUUUUUAAAGGCGUCAAUAACCGCACCCAGCAAACUGUUGCCAUCAAAAUCAUAGAUUUAGAACAAGUGCUGGAAGAGAUCGAAGAUAUUAGACAAGAGAUAAUGGUUCUCUCUCAGUGUGACAGUCCAUAUGUCACUAAAUACUACGGAUCUUACUUAAAGGGACCAAAACUGUGGAUUAUUAUGGAAUACCUCGGAGGUGGCUCUGCGCUCGACUUGAUGAAAGCGACAAAGUUUGAAGAAGUUCACAUUGCAAUAGUCCUCAAAGAUGUUCUGAAAGGCCUGGAUUAUCUGCAUUCAGAGCGGAAAGUCCACAGAGAUAUUAAAGCUGCAAAUAUCCUUUUAUCUGAAAUCGGUGAAGUGAAGCUUGCCGACUUUGGCGUUGCCGGUCAGCUGACAAACACGACAAGCAAAAGAAAUUCUUUAGUUGGCACACCCUUCUGGAUGGCGCCCGAGGUCAUAUGCCGAUCAGCUUAUGAUUCAAAGGCCGACAUCUGGAGUCUAGGCAUCACAGCCAUUGAGCUGGCGAAAGGCAAGGCACCCCGAUCCGAUUUGCACCCGAUGAAGGUCCUCCUCCUCAUCCCCAAAAGCAACCCUCCUCAGCUGAAUGGAAACUACAGCAAGCAGUUUCGUGAGGUGGUAGAAGCUUGCCUUAACAAAGACCCCGCAAAUAGACCAACUGCAAAGGAGCUUUUGAAAUUUCCUUUCAUUCGCAAGGCCAAGAAGAAUUCUUAUAUAAUAGACCUGAUUGAGAAAUAUAAGGCUUGGAAGGAACAAGAUUCCGGAUUUUCGAAUUUCAGCGACUCAGAGGCAUCGGAUUCAGAGGAGUCACCAAGCAACGACUCUUGGCAGACUUGGCGAUGGGACCUUGGCACGCUUCAGGCGCCUAGCACACUGGAUUUGAAAGUGAAGAAUCCUCCUGAUGAAAACGAUAGCUUCAAUUCUUCCAAAGACUCGGCUCUAGUCAAAAGCAUCAGCGACCAAAGUUCAAACCAGAUUUCUCCCGUUGUGAUACACAAGAACAUGUUUUGGAAUCGAGGGGGAAGUGUAAUGAGACCAACCAGUAUGCCUUCUUCUCUGUGCCCUCAAAUUCCAUGGCAUGUCGACCGUGGAAGCCCUGAAGAUUUCGAUCAACAGAAAUGGAUUAUUUUAUCAAACAGCGAUUUUAUUGAUUGUGACCGGAAUUCAGUGUCUAAUAAUCCGAAUGUCGAGAGCAGAAAUAACCAAGACUUGAUUCUCAGAAAUAAUGCUGAAUCGCCAGUUUCACCUUCAAACCAAGGGAAAUCAGUUGGUUCCAAGUCUUCCCAUUCUUACAACUACUUAACUAAGCUGAUAAAUGAGUUGAAAGACAAGUACACAAACCAAGCCCAACAGAAUGUUUGUGGCGCCAGAAGCAACCCAUUCGAAGAGUUGCAUAAUGCCUUCGCUGCUGCCGAGCAGAGCACCCCGGGUAUCAGUGACCUUUUCGUAAAAGACCUCUUUCGACGGGUGGCUCCACAUGUGAGUCGGGAAAGAAGAAUGCAUAGUAUCAUGGAUCGACUAAAAGUAAAUGAAUCUUAAGAAGUUUCAAGUGCCAAAGAAAAAAAGAUUGACAUUGUUCCAUGAAAAGAUAUAUAGCAUAUCAGGUUCCCCCUGAUUUAUAAAGUAGAUCUGAUACUAUUAAAAAGAAUUCAAACAUGACAAAGUGCAAUGUACAGCAUUCAUUGUUCUGCUGUGGGAAUUUUCCCUCUUUAUUGAUGUGAUAAUUUUAUCAUGGGCUUAUACAUUUAUUAUUCGAUUUAUCAGUAGUUGAUUAAAAUAGCUUUUUCUCAAAAUUGAUUAAAUCUGUAACAAGUGUGCAUUUGCAUUAUAAACAAUUUUGAUUUCAGUAUUGAAAAUAAUAUAAUGUAGUUGACUUUAUUUUCUUUUUAUUAUUAUUUGAAUUAAAGUUUCCAAGUAAUAUUCAAAAUCUUGUCAAGUGUAGUAAAAACUUAAACAAAAAUUUUGAAUGCAUUAUUUUAAAAAAUAAAAUGGAUAUGGUUAAAAUAUAUAACACCUCUGUAGAAUUCUACCCCCAAAUUUAAUUUUUAGAAAUUAAAUGGUUUUUGUAUUUUAAAUUUUGACCAUGCAUAUUUUAUAGAAUUAUAAAAAAGUUGAGCUUUGUUUCUUUUGUUGAUACUUAUUUUCAGUUUAACUACUAGUAUUCAAUUUACGUUUUCAUUAUUCAUGAGUGGAUACAAUGUUAUUGAAUAAAAUGUUUGUACAUGAUCUUACUAAAACAUAUAUAGACUGUGUAUUAAGCUGAAGAACUGUAUAUAUGAAUGUAUGCUGAGUGCAAAAUUUUUAAAAAUAAAUUUGGUAAAUAUUGAAAAAUUACGGGUUAUGUACAAGUGCAUGAUAAAAGCAUUUCUUUCAAAUGCUCAGUUUUCAAAGCACUUUUUUUUAAAAUCUUUUAUAUUUUACUUGCCCACAGUUUAUUGUCCAGUAUUUGUUCGUUUUCUUUUUUAAUGCGUAAUAAUAUUU